AUGCUGACUUUAAACUCAAUAGUUGGUUUUUGUGGCGCGUUUGCACCAGUGUGGGAAGUGUACGCCGCCAUUCGUUUCUUGAAUGGAAUGUUUAGUGGAGGCUUGAUGCUCGUCAAUUUUGUCUGGCCCAUGGAGUUUGUAAACGUCAAGUGGAGAUUGUACGUCAAAACUUUCAGCUUUUGGUCCCCCGCCAGCUUACUGCUGUCACUGUUGGCAUACUUCAUCCGUGACUGGAAAGCACUGCUGAUGGUGACAACACCAUUUCCAACGGUGUUCUUUUUGUUCUUAUGGAAAUUUAUGCCAGAGAGUCCUCGCUGGCUGCUCAUGCAUGACAGAAUUGAAGAAGCAGAAACGAUUUUGAGAUCCAUUGCAAUCGGGAACAAAAAAACGCCACUGGAUUUUGAUACACUGAUGAACUUUGUUGAGGAGGAAAAGACAAAGGCUGCAACGGUAAAACACUACGCCAUCUGGGACUUGUUUAGGACACCCCAGCUGACCAAAUAUACUUUGGUUCUCAUGUUCAACUGGUUUGUGUGGUCUUUGACAUUCUAUGGACUAUCGCUCAAUGUGAAGCAGUUACCCGGAGAUGUGUAUGUCAACUUUGCUCUUUUGUCAGCGCUUGAGUUAGUGUCUCACGUGUUUGUCUUAUUCACCGGUAACAGGUAA